AGCGAGUGCUUUGUGCGUGAACUUGGUGACUGACUGGUGUGCGCGCACGAAGGGGAGGGGGACAGCGCAAUGCGCAGUGACGCCGGGCCGACCUGGGCCCGCUGGGGAGCGGGCAAAGACAAGCAGGCCGGCUCGGUGCUCUGCUUCAACGUGAAGCCCACUCGGCGGCUGCUGGUUCCCUGGGGCCGCUGCUGUCACACCGCAGCCGGGUUUCGAGGUUCCGCGAGGCGAUGCACCAGGAGCGGGGCCUCCAAGCGCAGCAGGCUCUGCCGCCGCCGAGCUCCCGCAGCCUGAGGCGAGGGAGCGGCCGCCGCACAAGCGGCUGAAAGGCCAGGCCUGCUCAGCCACUCGCCCGCCCGCCCCUUGCAGCCAGCGAGCGGCGGCGGGGCCCCGUUUGUAGCCAGGCGGCGCGCGGAAAGUUUUGUUUGCGGCCAGAAGGGGGGAGGGGCGGGCGGGCGUGUGAGGCGGCGCGGCGAAGAGGGAUGCGGCGGAGGCCCAGCCCGGCGCUGGGGUCUCUGCCGCCGCCGCCGCCGCCGCUUCCUCACAAGGGACACAGAGGCUGAGGGGAGGGACUGAACCGGCGGAGGGGACUGGGUGGUGCGGGCGGCCAGCGCUAAUCUCGCUCCCGUCUUUUCGCCCGCUUCACUCGCUCUCCGCUUGCAAGGCAUCCAUUUAUCUGCCCAGCAACCGACGACCGCCCUCCUCUCGUCCCUACCCGGGCGGGCGUGGCCAUUGCGGCCCCCGGGUGGGUGGGUGGCUGGGAGGGCGAAAGGAUGAUCACGAACACGCGGGGCUUCCUGUGGUCGGACCUGGAGACGCGGGCGCUGCUGGAGAUCUGGGGGGAGGCGGACGUGCAGAGCGCGCUGGACGGCAACUUUCGCAACAGCCAUGUGUACCGGGACGUGGCCUGCCGCCUGGCCGAGCUGGGCUUCGAGCGCACCCCGGAGCAGUGCCGCAUCCGCAUCAAGGGCCUUAAGCGCCAGUACUACCAGGCCCGCGAAGGGCUCAAGAAGAACGGGCACGCCCGCAAGAUCUGCAAGUACUACGACGAGAUGGACCGCAUCCUCAGCUGCAGGCACGGCGGCGCCGCCACCGUCGUGCUCGACGGGCACAACGCGGCUGAGCGGCCUCUGACCCCGGUGGCGGGAGGAGACGGCGGCUGCCACCCACCCGCCGCCGCCGCCGCCGCCGCGCCCCCCUCCUCCGCCGCGCCUGGUGGUAACCCGCGCAACUGCCGCCAGGCGGACACGGAGGAGCAGGAGGACGACGACGAGGAGGAGGACGAGGACGGCGGCGAGCUCGAGUCUCCCCGGCGAGACAACUUCCAGGAGGACUCUGGCGAGUGCUCCUCUUACGCCGGGCACGCCAUCAAGGUGGAGUGUCCCCCCUUCGCCAUCCCGCUGCCGACAGUAGAGGGUUACAAACAAAUUAAUGCUCACACAAAUGCACCACCCUUAUUAUCUCAGGCAAAAAGGUCAAAAAAACGGCAUGGAAACUUAACACUGGACAAAAUGAUGGAAAGGUUUCUGCAACAAAGCAUGGAUACAGAAGAGAAAUUUUACAAGUAUGAAGAGCAGCGGCUUAAAAUUGAAGACAAACGACGUGAAGCUGAGCAUGCUAGAGAGCUCCAGAUGUUACAGAUGUUGGGACAGAUGUUGGCAGGAAUUUCUUCUACGGUAUCACAAAGGUCACAGUGUACACCAGGAAAUCCUUCACAGAGAUCAAAUCACCGAUCCUAUGGAGAUAAUUUUAACUAUAAUUCUAUGACAACAGCACUAUCUCCACCCAUAGUUAUAGAAAGAUCAUUUUCAGUGCACAAAACGCAUUCUCUAAAGGAUAUGGAGAAUAUAUUUCAAUUGGUGCGAAAUGUUAUUCCUCCUCUAACUGCCAAAAAACAUAAGGGACAAGAUGGACGAAUAGGGAUUGUUGGAGGAUGCCAAGAGUACACAGGGGCACCAUAUUUUGCUGCAAUUUCAGCUCUAAAAAUGGGUGCAGACCUAUCCCAUGUAUUUUGUACCAAAGAAGCAGCAACUGUAAUAAAGUCUUAUAGUCCAGAGCUGAUUGUUCAUCCAGUUCUUGACAGCCCUGAUGCUGUCCAUGAAGUGGAAAAGUGGUUACCAAGACUACACACAGUUGUCAUAGGACCUGGAUUGGGUAGAGAUGAUGUACUACUUGAGAAUGCCAAGGGUAUUAUAGAAAAAUCCAAGAUCAAAGGAAUUCCUAUUGUAAUUGAUGCUGAUGGUUUAUGGCUCAUUGCCCAACAGCCUUCUGUUAUCCAGGGUUACCCUCGAGCUAUUCUUACUCCAAACGCGAUGGAGUUUAGCAGAUUGUAUGAAGCUAUGCUUAGAGACCCUGUAGAUAGUAAUGAUCAUCAUGGAUGUGUGCUAAGACUCAGCCAAGCCUUAGGGAAUUUGACAAUUGUUCAGAAAGGAGAACGAGAUCUUAUUUCAGAUGGGGAAAAAGUGCUUGUAUGUAGUCAUGAAGGAAGCAGCAGAAGGUGUGGUGGACAAGGGGAUCUCCUCUCAGGUUCUCUUGGAGUCUUAGCACACUGGGCCUUUAUUGCUGGACCAGAAAAAACAAAUGGUCAGAAUCCUUUUCUAGUGGCGGCAUUUGGAGCAUGUUCACUUACAAGGCAGUGCAACAACCAAGCCUUUCAGAAAUUUGGACGAUCUAUGACAGCUUCUGACAUGGUUUUAGAAAUUGGAGCAGCCUUUAAUAAACUCUUUGAAACCUAAGACCAAAGCAGCAGCAGAGGAGGAAGAAAAACCGAACUUUGGCAGCAGUGGAAAUUACAGUAGGAUAAGUGCUUGGUAUACUAGGUAGUUUUUAUUUUUUAAAAAUAGAAAAAUUGUAGAUAUUUUUUAAAGAGUUUGGAAUACAAAUUUUUUUUUGGUCGAAUAAGCUGUAGUUGCAGAUGUUAUAAUAUAAUAAAACAGAAUUGAAAGUA